AUGAAGCGACGCUAUAGCUUUGAGGCGAGCUUGGCCUUCCCAACGCCUCAACUCUUGAAGCGCUAUUUCAAACCAAGUGAUGUUAUAGAAGAAGCUUAUGAAAGAGUCAUCGUGGAUGGUCUCUAUUAUGAUAUUCCCUUAGGUCUUUACAUAAUCCGUGGAGAGAAUGUUGUUUUGAUUGGUGAACUGAUGUCGAAAAUCAACAACUUGGAUUUUGCUGCUCUAAAUCUCUCUAGAGAUAAUUACUUGCAAUGGGCACUUGAUGCUAAGAUCAUCCUGAAAUCCAAGGGACUCGAGAACGGUGAUGACCAAAGGCUUUGUAUGAUUGGAGGAAUCUCAGGAUCCAGUAAGUCCAUGGACAAGUAUAACUCGGCACUGUUUAAGAUUGUUUUGAAAUUGAAAAUGUGUGGUGAGAAUGUAACAUAUAAGGAUAUGAUUGAGAAAACCUUUUCCACCUUCCACACAAGCAAUGUACUGUUACAACAACAGUACCGUGAGAAGGGCUUCACGACUUAUGCUAAUCUUAUUUCUUGUCUAUUGCUCGCUGAGAAAAACAAUGAAUUGUUGAUGAGAAACAGUGAAAUAAGACCUCCUGGAUCAGCCCCACCACUUGAAGCACACACGGCCACAGAGGCCAAGAAGGAAGCAAAUCACGUACAAUCUAAUGGCCAACACGGCCGUGGUCGUGGAAAAUGGCAUGGACGUGGCCGUGGUCGAGGUUCAUUUGGCCACGGGCGAGGAAACCAACAUGGUCAAGACCGUAGCCAAGGACACUCGUUUGGACGAGGUCAUGGUUGA